CUCGCAUCGCAUCGCAUCUGUUUGCUCAUUGCUGCAAGCGAAGCCAUGUGUGGGAUACUGGCGGUGUUGGGUUGCUCCGAUGAUUCACAGGCUAAAAGGGCUCGAGUCCUUCAACUCUCUCGCAGGCUAAAACAUCGUGGUCCCGACUGGAGCGGUUUUUACCAGCAUGACGAUUGCUAUAUAUCUCAUCAACGGCUCGCCAUCGUCGAUCCAGCUUCCGGUGAUCAACCUCUCUACAACGAAGAUAAAAGUAUCGUUGUAACGGUAAACGGUGAGAUAUAUAACCAUGAGGACCUCCGUAGUUGUUUACCGGGCCAUAAAUUUAAAACCGGUAGCGAUUGUGAAGUUAUCGCACAUCUUUACGAGGAGUACGGAGAGAACUUUGUCGACAUGUUAGACGGGAUGUUUUCUUUUGUUUUACUUGAUACCCACGAUAACAGCUUCAUUUCUGCUCGUGACGCUAUCGGGAUCACGUCGCUCUACAUCGGUUGGGGACUCGAUGGUUCGGUCUGGAUUUCAUCGGAACUGAAAGGUUUAAACGACGAAUGUGAGCAUUUCGAGGUAUUUCCGCCCGGACACUUGAACUCGAGCAAAUUAGGUGGCUUUAAGAGGUGGUACAACCCUCCAUGGUUCUCGGAGACGAUUCCAUUAACUCCAUACGAUUCUAUUGCUCUAAGACGCGCUCUAGAAGACGCCGUGAUCAAAAGGCUAAUGACGGAUGUACCCUUCGGAGUUCUCCUAUCGGGAGGUUUGGACUCGUCGUUGGUUGCAUCGAUUAUGGCUCGUCAUUUGUCCGGUACAAAAGCUGCCAAACAAUGGGGAGCUCAACUUCAUUCCUUUUCAAUUGGUCUAGAGGGUUCACCCGAUUUAAGGGCUGCAAUAGAAGUAGCCGAUUACUUGGGUACGGUUCAUCACGAGUUUCACUUCGGGGUCCAGGAUGGUAUUGAUGCGAUAGAAGAUGUAAUUUACCAUAUCGAAACAUACGAUGUGACAACGGUGAGGGCAAGCACUCCGAUGUUUCUAAUGGCACGCAAGAUCAAGUCCCUCGGAGUGAAAAUGGUGAUAUCGGGUGAAGGCGCUGAUGAGAUAUUUGGCGGGUAUUUAUACUUCCAUAAGGCACCCAAUAAGGAAGAGUUCCAUCGCGAGACUUGUCGCAAGAUAAAAGCCAUUCAUUUAUACGAUUGCUUGAGAGCGAACAAGUCGACAUCCGCUUGGGGAUUGGAGCUCCGAGUGCCAUUUUUGGAUAAAGAGUUCAUCAACGUCGUAAUGAGUAUCGAUCCCGAAAUGAAAAUGAUUGAUAUGGAGAAAAACCGCAUUGAAAAGUGGAUUCUUCGAAGGGCUUUUGAUGAUGAAGAUCGUCCGUAUUUGCCAAAGCAUAUUUUGUAUAGACAGAAAGAACAAUUUAGCGACGGAGUUGGGUAUAGCUGGAUCGAUGGACUAAAAGACCAUGCUGAACUUCAGGUGACCGAUAAGAUGAUGCUUAACGCCACACAUAUAUUUCCUCACAACACACCAAUGACGAAAGAAGCAUACUAUUACCGAAUGAUCUUUGAACGGUUUUUCCCUCAGAAUUCAGCGAUCCUAACCGUGCCCGGUGAUGCAAGUGUGGCUUGCAGCACCGCUGAAGCUAUCAAAUGGGAUGCCGCUUGGUCUAACCAUCUUGAUCCUUCCGGAAGGGCGGCUCUAGGAGUUCAUCAAUCAGAUUACGAGCAGCGGCUCGUUCCUGUCAAGAGUACCACAAAGGUGGUUGAUAAUGGACAGAAGUCGACGAUUGAUAAAACCGUCACUGAACUCACAAUGCGAAGCUAAAAUACAACGGUUUGUACCCAAAUAAAGUGUCAACUUUUUGUCGAUCGAUCGUGUAUUAUGAAACUCGAUUGUCAAAAUGGUACAUUUGGUUAUCCAAUACCCUAAUAAAUUACCUAUCUCAAGAUAUCAAAUUUUG